AAGCAAUGAUGAAGACCAUGUCUGGUGGAAACUGCACCCUCAACGUGCCAGCCAAGAACUCAUACCGCAUGGUGGUGCUGGGAGCCUCCAGGGUGGGGAAAAGCUCCAUUGUCUCACGCUUUCUCAAUGGCCGGUUUGAGGACCAGUACACUCCCACCAUUGAGGAUUUUCAUCGCAAGGUCUACAACAUCCGGGGAGACAUGUAUCAGCUGGACAUUCUGGACACCUCUGGGAAUCACCCUUUCCCUGCUAUGAGGAGGCUUUCCAUCCUAACAGGGGAUGUUUUCAUCCUGGUAUUCAGCCUGGACAACAGAGAAUCCUUUGAUGAGGUCAAGAGGCUCCAGAAACAGAUCCUUGAGGUCAAAUCCUGCCUGAAGAACAAGACCAAGGAAUCUGCUGACCUCCCCAUGGUGAUCUGUGGCAACAAAAAUGACCACAGUGAAAUCUUCCGCAAGGUACGCUCAGAUGAAGGCGAGAACCUUGUCUCCAGUGAUGAAAACUGUGCUUACUUUGAAGUUUCAGCCAAGAAGAACACUAAUGUGGAUGAGAUGUUCUAUGUCCUCUUCAGCAUGGCCAAGCUACCUCAUGAGAUGAGCCCUGCCCUCCACAGGAAAAUCUCCAUCCAGUAUAGUGACACUUUCCAACAGAAAUCUUUCCGGAUGCGCCGAGUCAAGGACAUGGAUGCCUAUGGCAUGAUCUCUCCCUUUGCUCGCCGACCAAGCGUCAACAGUGACCUGAAGUAUAUCAAAUCGAAAGUUCUCAGGGAAGGUCAGUCCAGGGAGAGGGAAAAAUGCACAAUCCAGUGAAGGGGGAUUGCAAUUCUGUCUGAAGUCAUCAUCCGCAUUCAGUGCCUUAAAGAAAAAUGGUCUGUGGAAGCACAGAAUGGGCUCACAGGGUUCAUAAAGAAAACCCAACAUGGAGAAAGGAUAACUCUUCCUGUGGAUUCUGCUGAGUCACAAGCAUAAAUAACAUCAUCCUUCUAAUCGACUGUGAAAAAUCGUAUGCCUGAUAUACAAGUGCAUUUCUCUGUCUUUGUAAUGUAGUUCCUCUUCAUUCUCCUUUUUGUUUAAAGAAUACACACCUGAGGAGUAAAGACAUUUCAACCUCAUCCUUACAAAGAAAGUAGGUCAAAAAUGCACAGAAGGCAUUAACAGUUACUCAGCAUGCUGCUCUUGCUAAGAGAGAGGAGGUUAUGUGUGUGCAUGUGUGUAUCUCUGUGUGUAUGUGUGCAUGCAUGUGUGGAGCACUCCUGUAAAAAAAUGGGAUUUGCAUUUCAAAUGGCAGCAGUCUUAGCUGAGGUUUCCCAGACUGGGAGUGGCCUCUAUAUGGACACAUGACUCUAACUCACUCCUGAGGGGACCUGCAUUAAGAAGACCUUGAUUUUAUGUUUGCUGGGACAGUAAUCAUUUAACAUCAACAUUAAUGUUGUUUUGUAUUAUAGAUUUUAUUUGGGAUUUGGUUUUUUUACUGUCUGGGGGUGGGUUCUUAGCAAAAUGUGAUGGCAAGUGCAUUUGAUAUCAAACAAGCAGUGUCUACUUUUUAGCAGUGAAAGGUGUUUUUCAUCUGUAAAACUAUAUAUGUGCAUUGAUCAAAAGUGAAAUUGUUCUGCAAAAAGACAAUACAUUUGACUG